AUGUCUACCGCAAUCGUUCUCCCUCCCUUGAAGCAAUGGGCGCAGCAGCACCUCUCCUCCAUCCUGAAAGCGACGACGGACGUCUCGUUCAACGAGGCCUUUGACGCGUUUAUCUCCAAGAACGCGUCGAUCAGCCUCAACGGGAAGAGCGUCUCCCGCGAGGCGUACAAGGCCCAGCUCCAGGCCGAGCAAUUCGACGAGGCCGGCGCUGACGUCCAGUUCGGCGGGGCUGUGGACGUCCCCUCUAGUACCAUCGAGUCUGGCGUCGUCGGCCUCUUCUACACCGCGACUAUCGCCGAGAACCUGCGCAUUCGAGACGCCCCCAUCGAGAACGUAAUCACGUCGUCGCUUAACUUGGUAAUCGAAGAGGACAAAUCCCUCACCCCGCCCCACUUCCCUGCCGGGAUCCACGGGUUCUUUGGCAAGUCCCCCGUCUCUGCAUAUGGCAGACGGGUGUCUGUCGUAAACCAGAUCCUCGUCAAUGCCCGCCAGAACUGA